AUGAUCCUUGAUGCGGAAGAGCUGGCUGUGUUCUUGACGAGCUACCCUCGUAUGUACCGCCAGCCUUAUAGCAUGCAUCUACUUUUAGGAAACUGCAUGUUUGCCCGCCAGAUGGAAGCAGAGCUUGUGCUCAGUUUCCUACUGCACACACAUCCUAAUGCUGCUGAGCAAUUAGAGGUCCUGCCAAUUGUUGGUCCCGGUAAAGUUGGUAAGAGCACCCUUGUCGCUCAUGUUUGCUAUGACAUAAGAGUUCGUGAUCAUUUUUCAGAAAUCAUGUUCUUGAGUGACAAUGAUUUCAAAAGUGAUAAGUUAACCUACCUUGGGGAAAGGUGUCUGAAGAAAUAUCAAAAUUCCACGUUAAACAAAGAUGGAAGAAUGCUAGUAGUUAUUGAAGCUACUGGAGAUUUCAAUGAAGAAGAGUGGAAGAGGAUGUAUGCUACAUGUAAACGGUACAUGAAAAGUGGUAGUAAAAUCAUAAUCACAAGCCGGUAUGACAAGAUCACAAAGCUUGGAACAACAAGGGCAGUGAUACUGAAACAUCUGUCUGAUGAAGCAUACUGGUACUUCUUCAAGACACUAACGUUCGGAAGCACCGACCCUGUGAUGCACCCGAGGCUCACAUGUCUGGCCAUGGAGAUAGCCAGGAUACUGAAGCGAUGCUUAUUUGGUGCUACAGGGACAAUAAAAAUUCUAAGGGACAACUUUGACAUCCACUAUUGGUGCAAGGUUGUGUCCUUUUUGAGAGUGUUCAGCAAGUGGCAUGUCUCCAAAUUUGGUGACCAUCCGUGUGAUGCUCUGAACCAAAAUGGUACUAGACCCGUGCAUCUAUGGAGAAUGGCAAGAAGUUCUGAAGAGAUCGUGGUUUAUCGUCAGUAUGAGUGCUCUUUGCAAGAGGAGGUUCCAAAGAUAUCAAUGAAAAGUGUGGUGUUUGGAGAUGUUAAGCCUUCUGGGAGAUUUGAAGGCGUCGCAUUUAGCUCGCAGAUACCACCCUAUUAUAACUAUAUCUACAGUUGUGAGAUUCGAGGCCUAAAGACUCAAGGUGCUAAGAGAAAGCGGUCUUGA